AUGAGCUUAGGAAGAAGUGAUUAUCUAAUAUCCACCGACUUGCAUGAUGAUCAAAAAUGGUUGGACCAUUCUUCAAAAGUAAAUGGUUUAUCAAUUAAUAAACUAUUGUCACCUAUUGAUUAUAGUCCUGUCAAAGAAUGGAUAUUGACAAGGAAUAAAUCAGUUGAUAUUGGACUUGGUGACAAUGAUGAUAAUGAUGAUAAUGAUUACUAUACACAGACAUUGUCAUCAAUAUCGAUAUCAAAUAAUUUAGAGUAUAUAGUAUCUUGUUCAAAUAAUGUUGCAAGAUUUUAUAGGAUAUUGAUGUAUCCAAAUCAUUAUCCAAGUUGGACUCAUUUAUAUUAUGGAUCAUUGGAUUUGAAUCUUGGUAACAACAAUAGCAAUGUCAUUGAUUGUAUAUUGACAGAUAAUCAUAAAGAAUUGCUUGUAUUGAUGGAAUCACCAACAUUUUAUCAAUUGGAUAUUUACCAACAUAUUAAACUAGAAACCAACAACAAAAAUGUAUCAAAUCAUAGUAGAUUUAAUAUUGUAUUUCCAGAAGAUAAUUAUAAUGAUAUAUGGAUGAAUCAAGAUUUACCAAACUCUGUUUUAACAAGAUAUUCAACUAUUCAUCUUGAAAAGAAAAAUAGUAAUAGUAAUAUAAAUCCAACUUUAAUAAUGACAAGAGAUCAAUCAAUUAUAUUAUCAAUUGACAAUAAUAUUUAUUUUCAACAAAUCAAUAAUAAUAAGGUCUGGGAGAAAAAAGAAUUUAAUUCAAAUAUUAUUGGUAUUGUAAAUAUUGGUCAUCAAUCCAUUUUAAUUUGUCAACCUGAUAGAAUCACUCUAUUUAAUCAUCGAUUAGAAAUGGUUAAAGAGGUUUUAAUCUCUGAAUCAUUUGAUACUCGAUUUAUACAUUUAUCAACCAAUCAACAUUAUCAAUCAUAUUCAACCAAUCAAUGCAAUCAUCCAAUAAUAGUAACAGUCAUGAAUAACCAUUUAUACAUUACAAUCAUAUCAUUUGAAAAGAAUCAAAUUGAUUUUAAUAUUUUACAAUUAAUCAAUCCUCCCUCCAAUCAACAUGACAAUUCAAAAAGAGCAACCAUGAAAUUAUCAAUUGAUUCAAAAUUAUUAAUUAUUAUAUACCCAACUAUUAAUAAUAAUGAUAUUUAUUGUUUUAAUUUUACAAAUAAUCUAUACCAAAAUCAUAGUAUAAUUAAAUUAAAUCAAACUAUUCAAACAAUUGAAAUAUUUAAUUUAAAAUAUUAUUAUUUUGUUGCAAGUGUAAAUAAUGAUAGAUUAUUAUUUUUUAGAGAGUCAUUAAUGACAGCACCAGAAUGUGAUUCAAUGACUAGAAUAUCUAGUUAUUAUCUACCACCACCUCCAACCCAAGAAGAAACAAUUGGUUUGGAAAGAUAUGGUUUAAUCUUGUUACCUUGGUGGUGGAUUGUUUUAUCCAUUUCAAUUGUAAUAUGUCUAUAUUUAAUGACACCAAGAAUAUUUCAAUUGGAGAGAUUCGUAAUAUCACAUAUUCCCAUUCCAUCACAUCGUCGUCAUUUAAUUCAAGAGAUUAUAUUUUAUAUAUCUGUAUUGGUGAUUCUAAUGUUAUCAAUUUAUGAAAUCAAAUAUCAACCAACCUAUGUUAAUGAUUGGCCUGCUCAUAUUCAUCAUUUGAAACAAUUUAAUGAUAAUGGUAAAGGAUAUAAUUUUGAUUAUAAUCAAUUUAUGCAUUAUCAUGGACCUUGUACAUACCCAAGUGGAUUUAUCUAUUUGUAUUCAUUUUUCAAUUAUCUUACAAAUCAGUCAUUAUCAAGAUACCAAAUAGUUUGGACAGUGAUGGAGACUAUCAAUUUUUUAGUCAUUAAAAGACUGUGCACUAGAUUACAACUACCAACUAUUUUAGCAUUCUUACCGGUACUCUCUAAUCGAUUACAUUUGUAUAAUGUACGAGUUGUCAUUAAUGAUUUCCCAUCAACACUAUUACUUCAUAUUGGAUUAUUAGCACUUAUAUCUAAUUCUAAGAAUGGGAAAUAUAAAUUAUUUAUAUUUUGUACAAUCUAUUCUUGUGUGGUAUCACUAAAGUUGCACACAGUAUUCUUUGCACCAGCACUUUUAGUUCUCCUACUAGAACAAUACAGUCUUGUCAAGACUAGUCUCUUUAUCAUUUGGAUGGGAUUUAUACAAUUACUCAUUGGACUACCAUUCCUCCUAACCAAUUGGGUUGGCUAUCUAACCUUGGCAUACGAUUUUUCCAGAACACUACUAUGGGAAAAAACAAGAAACUUUAAAUUUGUUGGUCGUAUCAUUUAUCAAUCAAAUUAUUUUAAUCUAUUUUUAUUAUCUAUUUUAAUCUUUUCAAUCUUAUUCUUUUUUUUAAAGAAUAGUAGGAAUAAUAAUAUUAACACUAAUAAUAAUAGGUCAAGAAUAUUUAAAUUAUUAUUUACAAAUUUUAUUGCAAUUAUUUUUGCAAGAGGAUUAUAUUCACCAUUUCUAUGUUGGUAUUUCUAUACACUACCAAUCAUUACACAUAUGAUUGGUAUGCCAUAUCUCUAUACCAUCCUAUUAUUUAUAAUCCAUGAAACAACAUUUAGAUUCUUUCCAUCACUUGUCUUGGAAAUAUUUUGCACUUGGAUUUAUUUCAUUUCAAAUUUAUUUAUUCUUUUCUUCUUUUUUUAUUUCCAAAAUCAAAAUAAUCUUGCAAGUAAAAUAAAAAAUAACUAA